AUGCCUCUCCCUUGGAAACGUCUCAUUCGCUUCAUCGCUACAGAUGGCCGCACACUGCGCGGAGAGCCCAUCCUUCCCACUCCCACCACAGAUCUGGGGCUUAUCACGGAAGCCGACAAGCUCCAGGCACGAGUUAUUCAAGGCGAGGAUAUAUAUGACACAACAGGCAAGACCCAGGUGACAGAUGAAGUCGUGACUGUGAAGACCAUUCUGGGUCCGCUGGCCCAGAGCGACGUGCCUAUUCUGCGAUGCGUGGGUCUGAACUAUGCGAAGCACAUCAAGGAAGCAGGGCGUACGCCGCCGCCUUUCCCUUUCAUUUUCUUCAAGCCAACCACUACAAUCCACGAUCACGGUGCACCAGUCGUGAUCCCUAAGAUCGCGCAAGACGACCAGGCAGAUUACGAGGGCGAACUGUGUCUGAUCCUCGGCAGAGACGCCAAGAACGUCCCAGAGUCCGAAGCCCUCACCUACAUCGCCGCCUACACAGUAGGCAACGACAUCUCCUCGCGCAAGCUGCAGCGUGAUCCAGCCUUUGCAGGCCGCGUCCCACAAUGGGGGUUUUCGAAGGGCUUCGAUACAUAUGCGCCGCUGGGCCCGUGCUUGGUAGCGGGCAGCGAGAUUGCGGACCCGAAAGCGUUGCGGCUGCGGACGGUUGUGGACGGGGAGGUGCGUCAGGAGGAAGGUGUGUCGGAUCUUUUGUUCGACUGUGCGUACCUGGUAUCGUAUCUCUCACAGGGUACAACGCUGCAGAAGGGCAGUGUGAUUAUGACGGGAACCCCCGGUGGCGUUGGAGCGGGUUUGAGCCCUCCCAAGUAUCUCGUUCCCGGGACACAGAUGGACGUGUCGAUUGAUAUCAUUGGUACCUUGCGCAAUAACGUGGUUUUUGAUGAUGCUUAG